AGGUGAAGAAGGUCCCAGAAUGCUGCAGACCCGAAAGCAGAAAUGGAGCAUGUUCGGGGUCUUCUUCUUCUUCUUCUUCUCGAUCGUCGAAGCAGAGGAACCGACGCAUGGGGAUGAUCAGAAGCAGCUUCUCCUUCAUAGCGGGGACGGUGUGCGGGAUUUACAUAGCUCAAAACUACGACGUUCCCAACAUCAAGGCCGUCGCCAACGACGCCGUUCGCAGGGCCAAGCAGAUCGAAGAGAGAUACCGCAAGCCCAGCUCCAUGUCCAGAGACGAUGGCGGACGCCAUGUUUAGCUCCUUCAAAGUAUUCUUGUUUGGUAGGUAGCUCGAGGGGAAGAGAAAGGAUCAACAGGCUCUUUAUGGGUAGUAAAGUUUCUUGAAUCUCUCUUUUAAAGGGGAGCUUGUUUGCGGGCUUCUGUAUGUCCUCAAUGCAAGUUUGUAGCUUUAGAUAUUGGUUUAUCUUUGGCAAUUUGUAAAGCAAAGGUGGAGAGUUUGUUUUCUUCUUCAGUCCAAUAUGUUCCCUGAACAUUUGAUCAGAUGCUAGUGCUGGCGAAGUUCACUGGGUAAAUGUUGGACAUAUAAGAGUUUCACUUUUUGCUUAAUUGGUCCUCGUUGUGUUCCCAUCAUUAAAAGUGCUCAUGAAGUGAAACUUUUCAGUCUGAGAUAAUUCGACUGGGGCGAUUGGUCUUUAA